AUGGAGUUUGGACUGACGGAAGAACAGGUUCGUGUGUACACAGAGGCUUUCAAUGAUAUGGACAAGAAUCACAGCGGUGUCUUGCAACCAACGGAGCUCGGGGUCUUGAUGAGAUCACGUGGGCAUACGCUCUCGGAUGAGGACAUGCGCGACCUGGCGGCCGACAGGCAUGGGACCGUCACACUUGCAGAUUUCCUGCAAAUUAUGGCCAAGCGCGAGCAGGAUGUGGUCCUCCAGCAGAAGCUGGCUCAAGCAUUUGCGGUGUUUGACAAAGAUGGAAGUGGCUUCAUCAGUGUAAAUGCAGAAAGUGAUUUCCGGAAGCAAAUGACGUCGCUAGGAAGCAACCCCUUCACAGACGAACAGUUCGACAACUUCUUAAGUGAGUACCGGGCGGAAGCCGCAUCACAACACCCAGCUGAGCAGGACGGCUUGGUGGACUACCAGGAGUUCAUCAAGCUGAUGCUUCGAAAGGCACCGUGA